CCAACCUUCACAGCCACAAAGGUCCUGCACAUUUAUUUAAUGUUGUGGUUUCAUCGGAGGUUCUGAGUUUUCACCCAAGAUGGUUGACAGGACUCUACUGCUCAUGUGUAUGACCAUUUUCAUCUUUACAGAAACUACGGCACAACAAAGCUGUAACAGGAUGUUCUCCUUUGAUACCAUGAGCCGGGGUGCGAUAUGUCCUCUGAUGUUUUGUCCAGUAUGUGGCAGUGACUGCAUCACCUACCACAACGAAUGUUUGCUGUGUCUUCACAGACUGAAUCAUAAAGCUGACAUUCGGAUCAUGCAGGAGGGACCAUGCAUCACUUGUCCUCGUGACUAGUGACGUGUCUUUGACAGCUGCUUAUAAUUCAAAUACAUUUACUGUGUGGUGUGUUUGAUAUUGUCAUAUCUCUGUAAUGACAUUAUGUAACAUUUGAUCUAUAAAAA